CUUACUGGCAUCCCAAGGCUGAAUGACGGCUCCUUGAAUUCAGCCGCGGGCAGCAACAACCCCGCCAUCAGUGCCUUAUAUAUAGAGCGUAGCACGCAUGCGAGCAGAAGAGAUCAAAGAUACAUUUUCAACUUAGCUCACUGCAAAGCCCAGGGUCUGUGGACUUCGAAAUGCCUCCUAUCACUAUCACAACUACGGGCAGGUCGGAAAUCAGCCGCCCUGCUGAAAGAGCGAUCUUGCGGAUCGAGGUUCGUGACACCGGGAUCCAUAAGACGGAAGUCUCCAACAACGUCCUCGGCAGUACCCGGAGGAUCAAGGAGAUGAUUGAACCCCUGAAUGCAAAGCUCAACGGCGGGGAACCGGCACCCCAUGCAGCGAUUACCCACUGGACAAUGGACACCCUCCACACAAGGAGCUACCCCCGAGACGACGACCAUGGCCGGGUCAUCGGCCACGAGUUUUCGGCGGCUGCUCAUUUCGCAGUCAAAUUCAAAGACUUUUCCCAAAUGGCAUCGGUAGCCACUGAUAUCAGCUCGAUGCCGUACGCCAAUAUUUCCGGCAUCGCUUGGCAGCUUACGGACGCGACCAGGCAGUCUCUGAUGGCGAAAAGCAGAGGCAUGGCGACCGAGGAUGCGCGGGAGAGGGCAACUGAUUACGUUCGGCCAUUUGGAAAGCAGAAACUGUUGGCCCUGGAGAUUGAUGAAAGCAGGGAGAGCUAUCUGCAAAACACCGGGACUUACGUGGCGGCUCGCAUGCACGGAUCGGUUCCUGGUGGGAGGCAGGACGGUGAUGAUGAGCUGUCAUUCCACCCUGAGGAUGUUUCAUUUUCUUCAGCUGUGACUGUAAAAUUCACCACAGAAUAAGUUGUUUUAAGUAUCCAAAGGCCAUCACGACGAUAGUACGUGAGUUGACCUCUGAGGAAAAGUGAUGAAUGACGAAACCUUGGAUGCGGCGAUCAACACUCAGGAAGCGUUUUUCUGGCUAAAGAUCAGUUUCAUACAGUGUCCAAAUAAACUAUUCGAUACUAGGAUAUGUAAAAACCAGAGGAAGUCUCACAAUAGAGGCAAGCC